UGGCUGUCACGCGGGCAGUUCUCCUGCGCGUGCGCUGGCUCCUAACGACCCGGUUUGUCUGUUCCUACGGAAAACACUGUCGAGGAUCCACGGCGGACGCAUUAUUUCUGACUGUUGUAGCGGAAGAAAACAGUAAUGCAUCAGGUCCAAGAUGAGAAUCAGGAGCAGGUGACUGGGAUGGUAUGUCAGGAGGCUGACCUGAAAGAUGGACAGAUGAAGGAAGUGACCGUGGGGGGUGAGAAGGUGUUGCUUGUCCGUACUCAGGGUCAGUACAGUGCUGUUGGAAGCCAGUGCUCUCACUACAAUGCUCCUCUUGUCAAAGGAGCACUUGUUGGUGACAGAGUGAGAUGUCCCUUUCAUGGGGCAUGUUUUAAUGUCAGAACUGGAGAUAUCGAAGAGUUUCCAGGUCUGGACUGUCUGCCUAGUUAUAAGGUAAAAGUUGAGGAUGGCAAGGUGUAUGUUUCCAUCAACAAAAACUCUCUGAAGUUGAAGAAGCGGGUGAAGGAGAUGUGCAACAUGGUGCCAGACAUUAAACACACCAUCCUUCUGAUUGGAGGAGGCCCUGCCUCCCUGGUUUGUGCUGAAACACUGAGGCAGAACUGCUACCAAGGUCGAAUCAUUAUGGUAACCAGAGACAACCUUCCCCCGUUUGACAAGACCAAACUGAGUAAGGCUAUGGAUCUGGACAGCAGCAGCAUCCUCCUCCGACCAAGUGACUUCUAUCAACAGUAUGGGAUUGAGGUGUGGACACAGAAGGAGGUGGUGUCGGUGAACCCGGCUGAUAAGGUGGUGAAGUUGGGUGACGGCACUUUGCAGCAUUAUGACCAGCUUCUGAUCUCAACUGGUUGUAGAGCGCGGCCGCUCGACUGUCCCGGUUGGGACCUGAAGGGAGUAAAGUUGCUGCAGAGAUAUGAAGACGCAAAAGAGAUUCACAACUCCUGUCUGGGCCAGAAAGCUGUUGUGAUUGGAGCUUCUUUUAUAGGUAUGGAGGUGGCAUCCUACUUAUCAGGCAAAGCUGCCAGUGUGGCCGUGGUUGGCACUUCCAAAUACCCGUAUGAGCGAUCUCUGGGGCCGGAGAUCGGCAAAAUGUGUAUGAAAAUGUUGGAGGAAGAAAAUGUAAAGUUCUACAUGAAUGAUGGAGUCACUGAGAUCCAAGGGGAGAAUGGCAAGGUGAAGUUGGUGGUUCUGAAGAGUGGGAAAGUCCUGGAAGCUGAUGUGGUAAUUGCUGGAAUUGGUGUAAUCCCCAAUUCAGACUUCUUGGCAGGAAGCAAGUUGGAAGUGGAUUCAAGGAAAGCAGUGAUUGUUGACAAGUUCAUGAGGACCAAUAUACCAGAUAUUUUUAGUGCUGGAGAUGUUGCCUCUUUCCCUCUGACCAUUCGUGGAGACCAAAGGGUCAACGUGGGCCACUGGCAAAUAUCCCAAGCUCAAGGAAGAGUAGCUGCCCUGAACAUGCUGAAGACACCCACCAAAUGUGAUUCUGUUCCUUUCUUCUGGACUGUUUUACUUGGAAAGAGCAUCCGAUACACAGGCUACGGAGAAGGAUUCACAGAAAUCAUAUUCAAAGGCAAAGUGGAAGAAAGGAAGUUCCUGGCGUUUUACAUAAAAGACGAGGUGGUGGUUGCUGCGGCCAGCCUGAUGUUUGACCCUGCUGUGGCUCAUCUUGCAGAGCUGAUGGCUGCUGGCCAGGUCUUAACAAAGGCACAGGCUCAGGCUGAUGACCUGAGCUGGCUGCAGAUGUAACCAGAUGUGUGCUGUAUCCGGGAGUUAACACCUCUUAGUGGCGAAGGACGUCAUCUUUUCUUUUUAUUGUUCCUCCAUCUUCCAAUUAGUGCAAAAUUUGAUUGCUCCAUUUACUGCCUCAGGGCGUCUGAAAGCCAAUCAGACCUCUUCUCUUAUGCAGAGCACUGUUACCAUAGCAACAUGCAAAGCUUUAUGCACUUAGUGCAAUGUGAAUAAUCUGAGCUCUGUGUAAGGGGCACAACAGUUUGGAUGAGACAGCAGUUUGACCUGUAUUCAUUCCAAGUUUUAACUACGGCUGUACUAAAAGUGGGUCAUCCUGAUCUUAAUAGUCAGUCUCUGGUUAAUAUAAGCUACUCAAUUUAAAUAUAUCCAAACAUUUUUGUGAACUUGAAAUAAACAUUAAUUUACUAGUAUUUUGUAGUAGUCAUUGUAAAAUAAUAAUAGUAAUUUUAACCACUUCAAACAUUCAGAAAAUACACACCACUCCACUUGUCUUAGUUAAAAUAUAUUUCUGAGUGACUUAAUGAGUCAAAAAUCUAAAAUACAAAGGUCAGUUUAAAUGCUGCACUCACCAGAUAUGGUGAAGCACAUGUUUAUAAACAGAUGAAUUUGAAUUUUCUUUAAAACUUUUAUUGUUAAUACCAGUUUAAUUUUUAAUGCAAUGCUUAAAUCAAUCAUACAUGUUUACAGCAGACAUUUAAAUUGUUUAGUCUUUAUCGUACAACUUGAAAUUUAAAUCCACAUGAAGAGAAUAUGAAAGCCUGACCUUUUACUUACUUAAAAUUAAGCGCUGGAUCCUUAGUGGUCCAUAACUAAAGCUCAGUUAUUUAACGGAUCUGUUCGAGAGUUUCAACACCACGGGUUGUCCACAUCAUCCUCACUGUUGUCAGCCUGAGAAUGUGUUUUCUAUCAGGAUACUUCUCCUGAAAUGGUUUGUUACAUUGACUACAAUUGGUACAAUGGUGUAAUCUUCAGAUGCAAUUGGAAAAUGUCAUAUCGUCAAACACUUAAGAGAGUGAUUGUUAUGUUUUUGAAUUUGUAUUUCAGCUUUUGUUAUUCAUUACUGGUUUGAGUCUGUGCCCCCGUUUCUGUCAAACUGGCCUUUUUGUGCUCUUGUGAGUUUAACAUUUUAUAAACCACCCAUUACCUGCAAGCAG